AUGGGCCCUCCAACGACCAAGGCCGAGAAGGCGGCCUACUCGGAGCGAAUGUCGUACUAUCUUAACAAAGUCAACCCUGUGCCCACUCUGCCAGAUUACACAGGCCCCUACAAAGUUGGUACCGCGGACGUCGAGAUCCCAAUUGCCGACCUCCACGCCCCGAGCUCAGCUCCUUCAAACGCGACGGACAUUCCGACCGUACAAUUCCGCAUCUUCUACCCUGCUCAACACGACAGCAAAGGCAAGAGGAUAACAUGGCUGCCGGCUCCUCAGCGCAGUCAUGUCACAGCCUACACAAAAUUCCUCGGCUUUGGUGCCUUCGCAUCUGAGCUUCUCUCGUUUCUUCCACGACACGUCCAUUAUACCACGAUACCCGUCCACAAGAAUGCCACAAUUCUCGAGCCCGAGCACAUUCCGAACAAGCGUUGGCCGACAAUGAUCUUCUCCCAUGGCCUCGGCGGCAAUCGCAACGCAUACUCACAUAUUGCCGGCUCCAUGGCCUCCCAUGGCUUGGUGGUGAUAUGCCCCGAACACCGCGAUGGAAGCGCUGCUGUCUCCUUCAUCCGCGACCCCGCGGCACAGGACAAAUUCUUCGCCAAAAAUACCAGACAUUCAGUCCCAUAUAUCAAGAUUGCGCACGAGCAAAACCCAGAAACGUGGGACGCGAGGAACAAGCAGCUGAAAAUUCGUCUCUGGGAGCUCGGGUUGAUACAUGAAGCUAUACUGGAUAUCGAUGGCGGGCUACCUAUGAAAAAUCUGAACACCAGCACGCCAGCAGAUUGUCUGAGCCAGCUGGCGUCGAAGAUGAACGUGCGAGAGCCCGGUUCUAUCAUCUUCAGCGGGCACUCUUUCGGCGCGGCAACUGUGGUGCAGUUCCUCAAAUCCACAUACUACGUCGACGCACCCGAGCUCAAAGACCUGGACGAGCCUCUGUUCGUGCCUGCGCCAGACAGCCGUAUAAGGGCGCAGAUUACCCCUGCGAAUCUCUCCAUACUGUUUGACAUGUGGUGUUUCCCCCUGGUUGCCCCAACCACCACAUCUCUCUACCGCCUUCCGCUGCCAGCAUACGCGGACAAUGUCCCCACGGCACCCGGCGGAUCCGCCAUCCUCGCCGUCGAGUCCGAGGCAUUCUUCAAGUGGACCGAGCACCUACACGCCAAGUGUCGAAUUCUGUCGCCGGACCCCAGCGCCCCCGUCGUCAAGGCCUCCGCGUUCGAGCGUCCGGGGUCGGGCAUCCGGCUCCCGGAGCCAAACUUCUUCUACGUCGUCAACAGCGCGCACCUGAACCAGAGCGACUUCGGCGUGCUGUUCCCGUGGCUGACCAAGAAGGUGUUCGGGUCCGACGAGCCGGAGAGGGCGCUGAGGCUGAACGUGCGGGCAUGCUUGCAGCUGCUGCGGACGAACGGCGUGCCUGUAGCCCGGACCUGGGUCGGUGAUCUCGUCGAGGGCACUGACGAGGGCGCCAAGCUCGGCGCUGUGGAGACCAGCAGCCGGUCUGACACCGAGGACGGGGGCGUUGAGGAUGGCAUCCAGGACGAUAAGGCCAUCUUUGAAAGGACCAGGACUGGGCUCGUCGACCAUUGGAAGUGGAUUGAUGUUGUCGGCAUGGGCGGCGAGUCGGGGCACGAAGGUGAGCAUGGGAAGCCCGAAACUGUCGAAGGAGAGAGCGAGAUGGAAAAUGAAAUCGAGAUGGGCGCUGAUACGCAGCCGGUGGCUACUGCGGUGACCGCUGCCGCGGCGUGA